AUGCCCGGCAACGGUAGCGGAACCGCGCGCGCGCGGGCCGCGGCCGGGAUCCGGUCGGCGUUCAUCGUGGCCAUCUGGAUGUGGGCAGGCUCCUUGAUGAUCUUCGUCACCAGGCUCACGAUGGUCGAGCAGGCCUUCCCGGCGCGCAUCACGCUCCUCGCAGCCGCCUCCGCGACGUCCACGCUCGCCGGCUUCGCCUCGCGCCUGCGUCCCGCCAUCCUGCCCUAUCCCCGCCGAACGCCCAAGCACCUCACGCUGCGCCACACGGGGCCCGAGCUCAGCUGGGGCGCUGCUGCGGCGAUCGCCGCGGCCGCGAACGCCGCCCUGCUCCUCGGUUGCGUCGCCAACGGCCACCUCAGCCUCAGCUUCGUAACGCAACUCAAGGCCGCCGUGCCGCUCAUCACGCUGGGCGCGCUGCUGUUCCUGCGCGUGGAGGCGUGGUCGCGGCGGAUCGCCGCGCCGGUCGCUGGCGUCGCGCUUGGCGUGCUGUGGGCGGCGCGAGAGGAGGCGAGAGGGGGGCGGUUCGCGUGGCGCGGCGUGGUCGCGUUCCUGCUCUCCGCGGCGUGCGAGGCGGCGCGCGUGGCGCUGACGGAGCGCGCGGUGCGGUCGCAGCGCGUGCCGGCGGCGCGGGCGAUGGCGCGGGUGUCGCUGGCCUGCACGCUGAUGCUCGCGGCAGCGGCAGUGGCCGUCGAGUGGGUUCCGGGGGGGCGUGCGGAGCGUGCGGCGGGGGCGUGGCGGCUGAUGGUGCGGCACCCGAUGGUGUACGCGACGUGGGUGUGGCUGGGCACGGCGGUGCAAAUGACGACGCUGUGGGCCGUAAGGGAGGUGGGCGCGCUCACGCUCAAGGCGUCGGCGUGCCUGCGCAACGUCCUCGUGAUCGUUGGCGCCGUUUGCACGGGCGAGGUGGUCACGGCGCGGCAGGCGGGCGGGUACGCCGUGGCGGUUGCGUCGUUCCUGCUGUACUCGCGGGAACGGGCGGCGGAGGCGGCGCGGGCGGCGGAGGGGGCCGCGGGGCGCGCACGGGCCAAGACGAAGACGGCGUGA